UGUCAAUGAAGUAAUUUACCACGUAAGGCGUGGUUGAGUUUUAUCUAGGAAUCGGCGUCGAUCAAACCAUUCUCGACCACGUUUUUCUUUCUUAAUUAUUUUCAACUCUCCUGUCUCAAAGCCCGCCCUCCACUACGCCCUCACUGUCACAAUCAUCACCUUCGUUUUAAUCCAUGUCAUUUUUCGGUGCAGUCAGGCACCCUUCUAAAUCGCAACAUCAAUCAGAUAGGCUGGUCAAUUGAUUGGUUUGCGGCGGCGUUCAAAAAUGGCCUACCACACCUGUAGCAUAUUCAAGAGGCGGCCGGCUGUCUUCUUUCUGCUAAUCGGCAUCUUCUUCUUGAUUUCCAUCCAUCGCAAACAAUCAUCAUUUGUCACCGAGACAUAUUGGCAGUUUCAGGCCCAGCCCGACUUCAACGAUGGCAACUUUCACUGGGCUAACGUCCCUCUGAACCACCCCAUUUCCCCUCAGUUCAUGACCAAGAUCCCAUCCACAAGAGCCAAGGCGAUCCCAAAGAUCCAGCACGCCUUUAAGAAGGAAACCCCUGAGCAAAGGAAGGUUCGCCUCGCCCGCUUAGAGCAGGUCCGCAGUAACUUCACCCACGCCUGGUCCGGCUACAAGAAGUUCGCCUGGCUCCACGAUGAGGUGCUGCCUGUUACAGGUGGCGAACGCGAUGUUUUUGGCGGAUGGGCUGCUACUCUGGUCGAUUCGCUUGAUUCUCUCUACAUCAUGGGCCUCACUGAUGAUUUCGACGAGGCCGUUCAAGCAGUCAUCAAGAUCGACUUUACCAAGACAAGCUUGGACGAGAUAAAUGUCUUUGAGACUACGAUCCGCUACCUUGGUGGCUUGUUGGCCGCCUACGACAUCAGCGGAGGGCGACGAGGAAAUCAUGCAACCGUUCUUCUUCACAAGGCAAUCGAGCUGGGUGACAUGCUCUACGUAGCUUUUGACACCCCUAAUCACAUGCCUAUACUCCGUUGGAAGCUCAAGGCGCUCAUGGAUGCUGUCAAAGCUCCAUAUGGGGGUUUAAAUGGCCAAACUCAAGGUGUGGCGGCGGAUGGACAGAAGCGGCUCAUGUCACCCCCAAACCAAGCAGCCCCCGAUGGCGGCCUGGUUGCCGAGAUUGGCUCACUCACCCUCGAGUUCACUCGUCUCAGCCAGAUCACCGGAAAUCCCAAAUACUUCGACGCCGUACAGCGCAUCAUGGACCUUCUAGCAAAGCAGCAAGACGACACAAGACUACCCGGAAUGUGGCCGGUCGUCAUCGGGCCCAACCGAGCAAACUUUAGAGAGCACACGGGCUUCUCCAUCGGAGGAAUGGCCGACAGCGUCUACGAGUACCUUCCCAAGGAAUACAUUCUUCUCUCCGGCAAGCUCCCCCAGUAUCAAGAAAUGUAUACCAAGGCCCUCGGUGCCAUGAAGCGAAACAUCUUUUACCGACCGCGAAUCACGAGCCCCUACGGCAAGGAGGCUCCCAGAAUUUUGCUCCCCGGCGACAUCCAAGUCGAGCCUAACGAGCCUCUUCUCGGACAGGAGCCGGAGCCCAGGGUCCAGCACCUCGGCUGCUUCGCGGGAGGCAUGGUGGCGCUCGCCGCGCGCGCCUUCUCCACGCCUCAGGAGAUGGACACGGCACGCCAGCUCGUCGAGGGCUGCAUGUGGGCAUACGAACACUCCCCGGGCGGUAUUAUGCCCGAAGUGAUGCACACGACGCGCUGCCCGCGCCGCGCCGGCAAGCCCUCCCCCGCCACCGCCGCCGACGACGACCUAGACCACAUCCCGCCCUGCGCCUGGGACGAGGACGCCUGGCACGCCGACGUGGCCGCGCACGCCGAGCUCCCCGCCGACGACGUGCACAGGAUCGGCGGGCAGAUCGCGGAGCAGCACCUGGUGCCGGGCGUCGUGCGCUACGACGACAGGCGCUACAUACUGCGGCCCGAGGCCAUCGAGAGCGUGUUUGUGCUGUACCGCACGACGGGCGACCGCGCGCUGCUGGACCGGGCCUGGGCCAUGUUCGAGACCAUUGUGCGGCUGACCAAGACGGACAUUGCGCACGCCGCGCUGGCCGACUGCACCGUCAAAGACCCCAAGAAGAGCAACUCGAUGGAGAGCUUCUGGCUCGCCGAGACGCUGAAGUACUUCUUUCUGCUGUAUUCGGAGCCGGACGUCGUCAGUCUUGACGAGUAUGUCCUCAACACCGAAGCGCACCCCUUGAGGAUCGCCAAGUGAGGAGGUACGUGUGGGAAUACCGAUGGUUGUGCUUCGUCUUUUUUAUACCGGCUUAGGGAUUGCUCUUGGGCGCAAGGAGUAACAGGGGAGGUAAUGAGGCGUUUUUUUUUUUUUGGCCGUCUUUGCAAGACCAGCCCAUGUAAUGGUUUGUUUUAAGAUCUGUAUUUGUCUCAAGGGCAAGAAAAUGACAACGAUGUUUGGCAACCUACUUAUCAGACCCAGUAUUUCCUUCCAUUGGCAGUCAUGUCCGGUAUACAUUCCAGUGAUUUCUUUGCGACUGUGUCGUGAGCCGUAGGUCAGCCCGGCGUCAAGGUGCAUAUCAGGUAGCUAUUCCUAGAUCAGUGAAUCAGCACAGCAGUAAUGAUAAUUCGACUUUAAGGGCUGUAGUCAUCAGAUC